GUCUCGGCUCGGCUAAAGGACGCGUCUCGGAGAAGUUGCGGCUCGUCAAAAUGGCGGCGUACACACUGAUUCGGAGCGGCGGGGGCAUUUUAACCGGUCUGAAAUGUUCCUUAAAGACUUUCACUCAUGUUCCUCAGAGCUGUGCCGCUUUAUCGCGCUGUAAACUUUCACUAAACACACAGUGGAGGAGUUCAGCGCAGCUGUCAGUGCAGGACAGAAUCGAGAGCAAGCGGAGAGCCGCGCUGCAGGGAGGAGGACAGGCGAGGAUCGAGGCUCAGCAUAAACGGGGGAAGCUGACGGCUCGAGAGAGAAUCGCUCUGCUGCUGGAUCCCGACUCGUUCGUGGAGUACGACAUGUUUGUGGAACAUCGCUGUGCGGAUUUUGGGAUGCAGGCUGAUCACAACAAGUAUCCAGGUGACAGCGUAGUCACAGGACAGGGCCGGAUCAACGGCCGGCUCGUCUACAUCUUCAGCCAGGACUUCACCGUGUUUGGAGGGAGUUUAUCGGGAGCUCACGCCCAGAAAAUCUGCAAAGUGAUGGACCAGGCGAUGAUGGUCGGAGCUCCGGUGAUUGGGCUGAAUGAUUCGGGCGGAGCAAGAAUCCAGGAAGGAGUCGAAUCGCUCGCAGGAUACGCGGACAUUUUCCUGAGGAACGUGUUGGCGUCAGGGGUUGUUCCCCAGAUCUCUCUCAUCAUGGGGCCGUGUGCAGGAGGAGCCGUUUAUUCUCCCGCCCUCACUGACUUCACCUUCAUGGUCAAGGACACAUCAUAUCUUUUCAUCACAGGGCCUGACGUGGUUAAAUCUGUCACUAAUGAGGACGUGACACAGGAGGAACUGGGAGGAGCCAAAACACACACCUCUGUGUCCGGUGUGGCUCACAAGGCGUUUGAGAACGAUGUGGAUGCGUUGCUGAACCUCAGAGAGUUUUUUAAUUUCCUGCCUCUCAGUAAUAAAGACUCUGCUCCGGUAACCGAGUGUCACGACCCGAGUGAUCGCCUUGUUCCUGGACUUGACACACUUGUUCCCUUCGAAAGCACGAAGGCCUACGACAUGCUGGACAUCAUCCAUGGCAUCGUAGAUGAACGUGAGUUUUUUGAAAUCAUGCCCAACUACGCCAAGAACAUCGUGGUGGGAUUCGCCCGCAUGAACGGCCGCACUAUCGGCAUUGUGGGUAAUCAGCCCAAAGUAGCUUCGGGAUGUUUGGACAUUAACUCCUCAGUGAAGGGAGCACGUUUCGUACGCUUCUGUGACGCCUUCAACAUUCCCAUCAUCACCUUUGUGGAUGUUCCUGGGUUCCUGCCAGGGACGGCGCAGGAGUACGGAGGAAUCAUCCGACACGGCGCCAAACUGCUGUUCGCUUUCGCAGAAGCUACGGUUCCUAAAAUCACCAUCAUCACCAGGAAGGCGUAUGGUGGUGCAUACGACGUGAUGAGCUCUAAACACCUACGUGGCGAUGUUAAUUACGCCUGGCCGUCAGCCGAGGUGGCCGUGAUGGGAGCAAAGGGUGCUGUGCAGAUUAUUUUCAGGGGAAAGGAGAAUCAGGCCGAGGCGGAGGCCGAGUACAUGGAGACGUUUGCUAACCCUUUCCCUGCUGCUGUCCGAGGGUUUGUUGAUGACAUCAUCCAGCCGUCCACCACGCGCAUGAGGAUCUGCAGAGACCUGGAGGUUCUGGCGAGCAAGAAACAGAGCAACCCGUGGAAGAAACACGCUAACAUCCCGUUGUAGCCCCGCCCACUGAGCACUACACACUCCCUCUCAGCACAUUAACACACCUACUGUCACUUUUCUGUUGGAUAAACGAAUAAACACCCUGAACACGG